CAGGAUAUUUCUGAGCCAAGUAUUAAAGACAUGGGGCACACGGAGAACUGUGAGAUCAUGGAGACUUCUGAUCCAUGUCAUGAAGAAAAGAGUGCAUGUGACUACACUGGUAAAUGUGUGGUACCUGAUAAUGAAGGUUUGAGAGAUACAUAUGAAGGUCAGUUACUUGAGGAUAUUGGUGAAUGUGCAUCUAGUCAGAUUUCUGAAUCAGUAAUGUCAGAGCUCCCCAAGGACCAAACUAAAACUCACAAGUCUGUGUCUGUUGCCCACAGUGUGAUGAGGUCACAUGGGGAAAUUGAGGGCCAAGUUCAUGGUGCUAACAAAUUACCAGACAGUGGUGAAUGUGCUUCUAAUCAGAUUUCUCAAUCAGUAUUGUCAGAGCUCACCAAGGACCACACUGAUACUCACAAGUCUGUGUGUGUUCCCCACAGUGUGGGGACAUCACACGGGGCUAUUAGGGACCAAGUUCAUGGUGCUAUCAAAUUACCAGACAGUGGUGAAUGUGCAUCUAAUCAGAUUUCUCAAUCAGUAAUGUCAGAGCUCACCAAGGACCACACUGAUACUCACAAGUCUGUGUCUGUUGCCCACAGUGUGGGAAUAUCACACAGGGCUAUUAGGGACCAAGUACAUGGUGCUAUCAAAUUACCGGAUGAUGAGAUCAAGACUGAAAUAAUUCUAGUGGAAACAGCAUCAGAUGGGUUAAGACUGAAGCAAUGACAGAUGAGGAAUUCGCCAGGCAGCUUCAGGAACAGUUUGACAAGGAAAGUGGGAGAAAAUGUGUCCCAGUCGUGGAGGCAAUGUCACUGAGACACAAAAGAAUAUGUGACACAAAGGAUUUUAGUUCGCCUUUAGAUUGCAAGAUACCUAAAACUGCUUCUAGCAGUUGCUCAAGUUGGGUUAAAGAGGCAUUGGCAGACAGAGAGCAAGUAGAGUGCAGCCAAACAUCAAGUGCUUACAUUGGACAAUCCAGCUCAAAUUUUAGUGCUUCAAAAUGUGAUACCCACAGAUUAAAUACUAGUGCUGAGAGUUCAAAUUCCAUGUCUGAUCCCAGUACUCGUAUGUCAAAUCUUUAUUCUCGUGAUGUUUGUGCAUCACAAAGCAAUGUCAUUAAAGUAAAAACUUCAAGAAAAGCCCUGUUUGAGCAUUAUCAACCUUCAGAUGGAGCUACAGAAGGACAUGACUCCAACACUUUUGACUAUGAUGCUGAGCUGGCCAGGAUCCUCCAGGAGGAGGAGCUUCAGAGAAACAUGGCUGAUGGUGGAGGAGGAUCAGCUAGUUUGAUUGCAGACGCAGAAUAUGCCAGGACUCUCCAGCUUGAAGAGCAGAAGGCUGUGUCACAGUCUGGUGUACAGGAUCCAUUUCAGACGAAGCAGACAAAUGUGAAUUCAUUAAAUCCAGUCCCUGAACACAUGUGUAGGUCUGUGUUUGGUGCUGGAUCCAGUUCUAGGAGAAGUGAGACAGAUGAGAAGUUUGACUGUCUGCCAAGGAAACCUAUUGGAAGAAAUACGACUGAAAAGUCUAUUGCUAAUCAGUUGGCGUUGUACAGAAAGAUUCAGAGUCACAAGUACUGUGGUGGUGAAGAAACAGGCUCAAACAAGUCGUCCAGAUCAUCCCCUGAAGUGACACCAUACAUCUACAGCAGAUCACCCACAGCAGCAGUUGUACGUCAUCCACACAAGGAAACUAGAAGGGUGCCGUCUGCCACGGUGACAUCACCAUGGCAACAGCCAUCUGCCACAUCACCAUGGCAACAGCCUACAGGAACAUCAGCUACUGCCAGAACACCACCCAAAGCUUGUGUAACUCCAGUGCAAAGAGUUUCAGUCACAAAUCAAUCCUCAUCAACGUUCAAGAGUCUUGAUGACAAGGCAACUGACAGAAAAACAGCAUCAGGCAUUCUUCAUGAACUGAAGACCAAAGAAGAUGAUGAUGUCAUUGACAUUACAGGGGUCUGCUGAUGAGGAGAAGAAGACGAUGGAUAAGUCGUCUGUGUCACCGGUAGUGAAAAGUGUCCGAUGUGGAAACUGUAAGGAGCUUGGACAUCCGAGGACCCACA